CUACUACUACUACUAAUAAUAAUAUAGAUCUGUUUGUUCUUACAUAUAUACAUAUAUUCUAUUAUUCCCCUAUUGCCCUUAUUAUUAUCGAUAGUUUCCAAUAUCAAGGAAGUAAUGAUCAUCUUAACCCUAUUAAUACAACUAUAUAUCAUUCAUGUAUAUUAUUAUAUUAAUCUUCUAUAGUUCUAUAUUCAUUCUAAUGACUAAAUGUAUUCCAUAUAAUGUAGUACAAUCCAAUCCAUUUAAACAACACUAUUCAUGUAUUGAAUUAUCCAAAAAUAAUAUUGAACAUUUAAUUCAACAAUCAGAUUUAAUUAUAGCGGGACGUUUAAAAUAUCAUAAUAAAAAUGAAAAAUAUAAACAAAUUCAUUCAAAUGAUACUACUGAUAUAAAUACUACUCAUAAUACUACUACUACUACUACCACCACCAAUAAUACUACUUAUAAUACUACUUAUAAUGAUGAUAUAUAUUUUAAUAUAACUGUUUUCAUUAAAACAAUCUAUAAAAUAAAUCAUUUAAUGAAUAAUAAUGAAAUUAUCAUUGGUCCAAUGUUCAUAUCAAAUUCUAAUAAUAGAAAUGGUACAGGAUGUUUAACGGAGUUUUAUUCCAAUGCUAAAUAUAUAUUCUUUUUAAAGAAUAAUAAUAAUAAUAGUACGGUAAAUUAUUAUCAUCCAUUAAGUGAAGCUAUAGAAUAUACAGAAUAUAUAGAAAAGAAGAUUUAUGGAUUAUAUUGUCAUAAUUGUGUGAAACCUACAAUUCAAUCUAUUCCUAAUCAAGUAUUAGAAUAUGGUCAUUCAUUAACAACUAGCUGUUUAGCAACUGGUACACCGACACCAACUAUUAUGUGGAUAAGAGAUGGAAAAUCAAUUAAUCUAGCUGAUAAAGGUUUAACGGUUGAAACGUUUGAACGUUCACCAGGAUAUGUGGAAUCUAUAUUGGAAAUAAACAAUUUAAUUCUAAUUGAUACCGGUGAAUAUUGGUGUUAUGCUGAAAACGCUUUAGGAUUAGCUAAAGAAAAGUUUACUUUAAAAGUUCAAUCAAACAAUAGAACAGAAGAAAAAUUAAUGGUUGAUGAAUUGAUACCUUGUUCAGACGAGGAUAAAGAUUACUGUCUUAAUGGUGGUCAAUGUUAUACGUAUAAAAAUGAAAGAGUAUCAUUUCAAUGCAGUUGUUAUACACCAUAUUUUGGUUCAAAAUGUGAACGUGUGGCAGUUGAUUUAAAGGAAUAUAAAUUUUUAGAAGUGGUUUUAUAUCAACGAACAAAAUUGUUAGUGAUAUUUGGCGCCUUAUUUGUGUUUUCAACAAUAUUAUUAGGGGCUAUAUUAGUUAUUAUUUGUCGAAGACACUUAAGAAGACGAAAGAAAUCUUUAAUUAAACAUAAUUCACAAAUGAAAACUUCUCAUCCUGUCAAUCGUUCAAAUCAUGGAAGUAGAAUUAAUAGUACAGUGAAAGAUAGCACAGCACCAAUUUUAAUUAGUGAUUUUAAUACAAGAGAUCAAAAAAUUGAAAACAUCCCCGUUGCUGAAGAUUAUUUUGGACAAACUGGUGGUAGUUAUAUUUUGUCAGCUCCAAAUUUAGUAAAUUCUGAAUGCUAUGAAAAUCGUUCACAGAAUUUUACUGGUGAUGUAAUGAUUGAUCUGAAAUCUCCAUUAUCGACAAGUCAUGUGAAUCCACAACAGUUACAUGAUCAUUCAAGAAGCACAAAUCAGUUCGGUUAUCGACCAUCAUCCUCUUUAGAUCAAUGUAAUGAAUCAGUCCAUAAACCUGAGAAUGGAAUAACCUUAAACAAUAGACCUUUUGGGACAGAUUGGUCAACACGAAGGUUUGUAUCGCAAACAGCUGGAUCAAUUCGAGAUCGAUUACCAGUACUAGCAGAAGGAUCAAAUUUCGAUUUGAAUGUUAAGCGAUAUCCGGAUUACACAGAUCCUAUAGACAAUAUGAAUAGAUUUGAUCGAAACAGAGAAAUACCACUGAAUAUGGUUUCAUCUUCUUCUUCAUUUAUGCAAACUAAUACCUGAAUAUACAAUUAAGAAUAAUGGUAACAAGCAUUCAUUUCAGAUUGUAAGAAGUAAGAAUGUAGAGUACAUGAUAUUAUUCAUUACCAUACAACAGAUUUUAUUACUAACACUUCAUAUUCUACCUUUAGGGUUACUGGUUAAUUAUUCUGACGUAAUCUACUACAAAGUACUUCAAUUCUGCAUUGUUUUAUUUCGUAGUUUUGUGAAAAAAGUAAAAAAAGAAUCUUGUCCUCGGUUGUCUAUUUUCAUUAGUUGAAAAUGACACAAACGCAUUUGUUUUACUGUUUUCUUGUGUCACUUUUAUUUUCACCCAGAGACAAAAUUGAAAAUCAAAGCAAGUUAUAUUGCACUCUUUCAUUCUUAACUAUCUAAUCAAUGUUUAUGAAUCCUUUAUACCUCAUCAUUUUGUGUAUAUAUCCAAUGAAAUGUAUCAUCGGUUUGUAUAUUCUACCAUAGAUGUGUGUAUGUAUGUGUGAGUGAGUGAAUGAGGAACAGUUGCCUACCUACUGUUUGAUUGUUUAUUACAUUAUUUAAUACUUGAAUUGAAGUGAUUAUGACUAUCAAUAGAAAAGAAAUAAAGUCAUUUGAAAAGUUUAUUUUAAUUUCUGAUUAUAAAUGCUUUCAUCAUAGUUACAAAGUAUUCAGUAAACAGAAGUGAACAGUGAAUAAUUUGCAAUAUAGUGCACCCAAUGUCGAAUCGCCUAGACUAGUGGCCAUAUUGCGGCAUGAUCAAUAGGAUUCUAUCUGAACUAAGAAUGACACAUAUGACAUUGACCACUACUCAG